AUGCUCCCUGCAGCCUACGCCCAGGGAGGUUGCUCACCUCUCCACUUCGUUUGGGCCCGCGCAACCACCGAGCCCCCCACCGGCGUUGACAACGCCAACGCCGCCCAAUUCGAAGCCGCCGCCGCCCGCUACUGGUCCAAAGGUUACGGCGCCGCCGGCUACUCCAUCUACACCAACGUCACCUCCCUGAUCCCCGACGCUACCGGCUACCCCGUGCACUACCCCGCUAGCUUCAGCGGCUGCAGCUCCGAGAACAAGGGCAUCGCGGACCUGGUCUCCCAAUUGACGACGCAGGCGGAACGCUGCCCGGAGCAGAAAUUCGCUCUCGGCGGCCAUUCGCAGGGGGGCGUCGUGCUCGUCCGCGCGAUCCCGCAGAUCCCCGCCGCCGUGCAGCAGCGCGUCAUCGCGAUCACGAUGGUCGGCAGCCCGAAUUGCCCGACGUCCGUGAAGGGGAAGUGCAAGUCCUACUGCAACGAGGGCGACUCGAUCUGCUCCGCCUCCGGCACCGGUUCGUCCGGCCGCUGCAACACGCGCCGCAACGCGCUGGUCGACCUGUUCCAGAGUGAUCCGGAGUACGUCGACGGGGUGCUGGAUCUGCGGUCGACGUCGGAUCUGGAGGCGAGGGCGGCGCCGGAUUGCAGCCAGCCGGAACCAGCUGAGAAAGGGCAUCGUGCGAGCGGCGGGUCGGCGCAUCUUGCGUAUAGCGCGGAUGGGUUCUAUACCCGUGCAGCGGCGUGCUAUAUCUUGAGGGCGUUCACGGCAAGCCAGGGGGUUGCGUAG